CGUCGGAGUAAAAGAAGAAGUCAGUCAGCCGCUGGGCAUAACAACAAAUUAAAUGGCGGCUGACAGCGAAGUCAGAUACACAAGCGACCCCGCGAAAAGUCGCUGUAAAUGACACUUAAUCCCCUGACAGAGCCAGACGCGACCAUGGAUUCUCUCCCGUUCACAGAGGAGCUCUCGGAUAGAAAAGUGUGUGUUGUCAGCUCGGAAUUGGUUGAAAACUACACGGUGUACGUCAUCGAAGUGCUGGAUGGAGAGCACAAGUGGACGGUGAAGCAUCGCUACAGCGACUUUCAUGACCUCCACGAGAAGUUGGCAGUGGAGAAUAAAGUGGACCGGCGUCUGCUCCCGCCGAAGAAGAUUCUGGGGAAGAACUCCAAGAGCCUGGUGGAACGUCGGCAAAAGGAGCUGGAGCUCUACCUGCAGACGCUGCUCCGGCAGUUUCCGGGGGCCACGCCUACUCCCCUCGCUGCCUUCCUCCACUUCAACCUCUACGAGAUCAAUGGCAUCACGGCUGCGCUAGCGGAGGAGUUGUUUCAUAAAGGUGAACAGCUGCUGGCCGCCGGCGAGGUGUUCUCCCUGAGUCCGCUGCAGCUCCACGCCAUCACCCAGCAGCUGCGUCUGGCCAAGCCCACGUGUUGCAACGGCGACGCCAAGACCGACCUGGGACACAUCCUGGACUUCACCUGCAGGCUCCGCUACCUCAAGAUCUGUGGCACCAGAGAUCCAGUCGGGAGCAGUAACAUCCUGGAGGCCAGUCUGCCUUUUGAUCUGACUUUCUUCAAGUCACUGCUGCAGAUUGAAAUCAGUGAGUGCACAGCUCAGCAAAUCGAAGGAUUGCCGUCUCUGAGGUCCAGCGUGGUCACGCUGAAUAUCCGCCACUCCACCGACAGCAUGAUGGUCGUCCUCGUCCCGGAAGCCAGCGAGUUCCCUCAGUGGGAAGCCGAGGGCUCGGAGUCUGGAUGUCCCGUGACCACCGUGGUGCCAGUGUGGCGAAACCUGACCACGCUGGACAUGAGCCACAACGCCAUCAGUGCCAUCGACAGCUCUGUGAAACUUAUCCGCAAGGUGGAGUUUCUUGAUCUGAGCCACAACCAGCUUUCCUCAGUGGAAAACCUUCAGCAUCUGUACAAUCUGGUCCACGUGGAUUUGUCCUACAACAAGAUUUGUGUCCUGGAGGCAGCUCACACGCGCCUGGGCAACAUCAAGACGCUGAGCCUGGCCGGUAACCAGCUGGAGCAGCUCACGGGCCUCAGCAAGCUCUACUCCCUGGUCCACCUGGACCUCACUCACAACCAGCUGGCCCAGUUGGAGGAGAUCAAGAACAUCGGCUCGCUGCCGUGCCUGGAGAAACUCAACGUUUCCUCCAACCCCAUGUGCAUCAUCCCGGACUACAGAACCAAAGUCUUGGCCCAGUUUGGAGACCGAGCAGCAGAGGUGUGUUUGGAUGGUCAGGUGACCACAGAAAAGGAGUUGGACACAGUGGAAGUGUUAAAAGCAAUUCAGAAAGCCAAAGAAGUCAAAGACCGCAUGAGUGGCAGCGACAAGAAGAUCAGUGAGGAGACCGGGCUGUCUGCCACUGCGCCUCCCCGCCUCUCUCCUCCUCCUCCUCCUCCUCCUCCCUCUUCCUCCGCCCCCUCCUCUUCCUCUUGCUGCACCUCCAUUAUCGGCCCUCAUUCUCUCACCCCCCCCUCCUCCUCCGCACCCUCCUCUUCCUGUCAGGCCCGGCAGGCUUCCUGCGCCAGCCAAGAAAUGACCAGCCGAGAAGAAACCGCCAUUCCGCCUAUUAUCCUCCCUUCUGCAACUUCCUCCACUGCUCGCAUCUUUCCUCCCGACACCAUCCAGGUUCGAGAACCUUCUGUCCAUCUGUCUGAAUGUGUAAACGACGCCCCUGUGAACCCAACUCCCAGUCUGCCUGAAGCCGCCUGCCCCAGCUGCAGCGCCACCUGGUGUCCUCUGCUGGCUCCUCAACUCCUCUCCCUCACCUGCGGUGACCAGCUAUUCGUGGGUCUGCUCUCCGAGCACCUCCACGCUGCUCUGAAGGAGCGAGGUGAAAGGAAGAUGGAAACUGACAAAGAGGAGCAGGAGGAUGAAGGGUGCACAUCUCGAGAGGUUUCAUCCCCCAUUGAGGGCACUGAAGUGGGCUGUCCGGUCUCCAGGGACGGCUACUUUGAGAUGGGACUGGAUGAUUCUAUUCAGGACUCGUCGCUCCCUCAUCUUCCCGCUGGACCCGCUGUUCCUUCCGUGGACCUGUGUGACGAGGGGGUGCUGGAAAAGCAUGUCACCAACGUGCUUUGGUGCUUUUGUCUCAAGGUGGACGAGGAGCAGUUGCAGCAGAGCGUUGUGUGCGUGGCGCUGAUGGACAAUAUUUUGUGCUUGCUUCGCUUAUCAAACGACGUCAAAGGGACCGAUCUUGAUGCAGACAAAGACCGGACUCAAUCCACAAAGAACGUUCUGUCCAGCCUUGAGGUGGACCUUCUGCUGCCUUUCUCCCAGCUGCUGCUGUCUUCGCACGCUGAGCUUCCCGCUUCCUGUUUGGCCUUCGGGCUGCAGAACGGCACCCCCCGCUAUUACCUCUUCUCCGAGGCCCAGGUGCUCACGAGAACCCGGGCCGAGCUUAAAAGAUUGACGCAGGGCACAGAGGUCACAGAGACUGUUCAGAUUCUACCCCGCUCCCUUUUGAACGCCUGGGAGCUGGAAGAGUGUCAGGAUGCCCAGGGAGGCUACCUAACUCUCUUCCUGCCCUCUCAUUCCUCCUCCAACUCACACCAACUCCUUUCGGACGAUUUACCCAAGACUGAGAAUCUACCGUCCCUCCUCUUCCUCACCCACCGUUACCUUUGGGUGCUGAAGAUGGACGUCAGAGAACUCGCAGAGAGAGAGAGGAGUAGAACCGGCCCUGAUCGGGACUGCUGCAGGCUUGUCCGCAUCUCCCUCGGUUCGGUUAUCCUUCACCCCAACCAGAAAUCUGAUAAGGAGUGGAAGAUGAUCGGUGGAAAUUCCUGCCUGCACCCUCAACAUCAAUUCAGGUUGAACCACACAGCGGAGCUGCUGCUGAAUGGCGGGAGGCAUCUGUUGCUCUUCCCGCUGGCCCAGGACAAGAGCUCUUUCUUGGGGGAGCUGAGCCGGCGGAGGGCGGCCUUGGAGGAGUUGAAGGUGGUGGCGCUCCCUCUCCCAUGCAGUUGCUGGCCGCACCAAGAAGAAGCCACAAAAGGUCACAAUAGAAAUGCUGACCAGUGCUGUUGUAGCAGAAGAUUCGGCAGCACCAAUAGCUCCUCUCGUCUCCGACUGGAAGAGAACCAGCCGUCCCCCCACCUCGCCCCGGGUCUCUCCCCAGGGCUGAAGCUCCUGGCUGGGCUUGAUGGGGAGCAGCUGAUGACAUGCUUCCAUCGACAUAUUGCACUGUCAGAGGAGGAGGAGUUGCGACAAAUCUUGUGGUUGUCUGCGGUCCUCUACACUGCGCCAGAAGCAGAACUGGCUUGCAGCGUCUUGCUGUCCAACGAUGCCGUCUACUUCCUGUUGGAAGAUUCUGCCGCCGCGUGCCAAUCCCUCUCAGAAACGGACGUGAGCACUUCUCCAGACCCAAACGUGCGUCUUUGCUACUGCCUGACCAUCAGACUCUCCGACCUGCUCUCUGUCAACGUGGGCUUGUUCGAUCAGUACUUCCGGGUUGUAGGCCGCUCAGCCGACCAUAUCGUGUGUUGCCUGAGCAGGGACAGUUAUGGCACGGGGGUCUUCCUGCAGGAGCUGAUGUCGGUGCUCAGUCUUCAGCAGAAGAUUCCUGCUCCGGAGCCCUCUGAGCAGGACUUCUACUCGCAGUUCGCCAACACCAGCACAGGCAAGAUGCAGAACUAUGAGCUGGUCCACAGCAGCAGGGUGAAGUUCGUCUAUCCCAGCGAGGAGGAGAUGGGUGACCUGACCUUCAUCGUGGCUGAGAGGAAGACCCCCGCCUGCGCCUCAGCCUCGUCUUCCCUGUCGCCGUGUUCUUUCAACGUGCUGCUGUAUCUGCUGGUGUUUCAGGUUCAGAUGGCCAACGGGCAGGGUGCCGACAGAUCUCCCGUCCUUCAUCCCCGCACGCUGAUUCUGACCAGCACGGACGUCUUCCUGUUGGACGAAGACUACGUCAGCUAUCCUCUUCCGGACUUUGCCAAGGAGCCUCCGUCCAGGGAACGUUACCAGCUGCGCGAAGCGCGGCGGAUCCGCGACUUGGACCGGGUACUGCUCGGCUACCAGACGUACCCCCAGGGCCUGACGCUGGUGUUCGACGACUUGCCAGGCCCAGACCUGCUGUGCCGCCUCACCUUGGACCACUUUGGCGCGGAGGGCGAGGAAGCCCCCCCGCCUCCGCCCCCGUGCGGCGGGGCCGAGGGCGAAGUGCAGUGGUGCGUCUUUGUGCCGACCGCCGACAGCCGCGAGAGACUCAUCUCCCUCCUGGCUCGUCAGUGGGAGGCGCUGUGCAGCCGAGAGCUUCCCGUGGAGCUCACCGGCUGAUCGGACUGCGAAGAAAUGACUUGGGGGAUUAGAAACGAGCCAAUCGUUGCAGACGGGGGAGCCUGUUGCUGGGGAGAUUAGGGCUGGGAAUUUGGAGCCCAUUUCACACGACGGCCUUCACAGAAAAUUGACGCAUUCAUGAUGUUAAAAAUAUUAUUCUACAAACAGUGUUUUUGUUUUUUUUCCCGAUAAAAAUGUUCUGUCAGGUUCAUGUCUUAGCUUAUCUUCAGGCGCUAAUAAGAAGUGCAUCCUGUGAGCCCCAAUUCAACUUUUCCAUAAAUUUUCUACCUUUUUAUUUUGGCAUCCACAUCCCGUUUGCUGCCUCACACUUGCUUUGUCUUUCAGUCAGAGACUUCUAGAAGGGAAAUGUUGCACAAGUCAUCAAAUGGACACUGCAGGAGGAAAAAAAAUGGCGUGCUGUCCCUUUUAAGCGCUUGCUUCCACCUCUUGGACCUUUCGGUGAGUGGAAAAACUCCCAGACGAGCACAAUUCAGUGCACUUAGAUUCACUGCUCACAAUAUUCCAAACCUUUUUGAGUACUGUAUAUGGGAAUUCUUUAUGGGCUCUAUGUAUUCAAUAAGCCAGACAGACAAACUUUCUUUCAGAAGAGGGCGCUGUCCACGUGACUUGAUUUUAAAAGUUUAUCAUAAGAAGUGUUUUAUUAUUUGCGCUGAAUGUUGUUGUUCUGACAGAAAAUGGAAAGGUUGCAAAGACCUGACCAGUUUACAUUUUAGCCAAGUUGUAACAAAAAAAAAGAAAAAAAAAAAGACUUUUAUACUGUGGAAUAGUUUCAGUUCCAACCACUAUAUGCACAAACACAAAAACACGCACUAAGCGUUUUAGAUCUUUGCACUUUUGGGGAGUCCCCGGACAAAAUAAAGAAGCUUUUUAUUGGUGUAACAGUAUUCACUGGCCACAUUAUUAGAUGCACACUCAUGAAAUAAGGAUCACUUUUAAUUGGUACUCAAGGCUAGUUUUUCUGUAUUGGUUCCCCUGAGAAUGACUGUACCUAAUAAAGUGUCCAGUCGGUGUAAUUGUUGGUCCGUAUUAAUAUUUCUUAAUUAUUUACAACAUGAAUGUGUAUUGUUUAUUAUCGUCAUUGGGUAUAUUUUAAAUAUCUGUUUUACAUUUAACCAGUUGGCCCUUUGUCCCUCUGUUUAAGGAGAAUACAAAUGUAUUAAAGUAAAAAUUGUUAAAACCUCAUAAUGAUUGUCAUCGUU